CUGAAACUGGGAAAUAUGAGUUGUUCUUUGCCAUUUCGAUUUAUCUGCACCUGCCUUGCCGUUCUACUUUUUCACAUACAGAUUGGCAAAGCUGCAGAAUUGGUGAUACACAUUCCAGGAAACUUAAAUCAGGAUGGUGUCGUGUACAGAUUGGACUACUAUCCGCCCUUCGGUCAUCCGGAACCGAACACGACGAUAGCUUCAAAGGAUAUCCACGACGUGAUCACGUUUUCUAAAGCGCUUCCAGGAACCAAGUACGACUUCUGGUUGUACUACUCGAAUUCCACACACAACACGCUAACGUGGACUGCUAACUUCACUACAGUUCCUGAUCCUCCAUCCAAUCUAUCUGUGAUUGCUCGCAAUGGUAAGGUAGCUGUGAUCUCUUGGAGUCCACCAUCUCAGGGCAGCUAUUCCACAUUCAAACUUAGAAUAAACGCACUAUCCACGUCGAUAGAACCAAAACCACAGACGAUAAUAGUGGACGAUGUGGAGACGACGUUGAAAGAUUUAACACCAGGCGCCACUUACCAGGUUCAAGCGUACACGGUAUUCGAGAAUAAAGAAAGUGCUGCAUACACGAGUAGAAAUUUCACUACAAAACCAAACACGCCCGGUAAAUUUAUCGUAUGGUUUAGGAAUGAAACUACGCUAUUAGUUCUUUGGCAACCGCCUUAUCCUCCGGCUAUUUAUUCGCAUUACAAAGUAUCAAUAGAACCCAAUGAUGCAAUUGACAGUAUUUUGUACGUGGAGAAAGAAGGCGAGCCUCCGGGUCCUGCACAGGCGGCGUUCAAGGGCCUCGUGCCUGGCAGGGCUUACAAUAUUUCCGUGCAGACCAUGUCGGAAGAUGAAAUCUCCACACCAACCACGGCUCAAUAUAGAACCGUGCCGUUGCGGCCCUUAAAUAUAACAUUCGAUAAGGCUUCGAUUACAUCGAAUUCGUUUGUGGUUCGAUGGGAUCCGCCAAAUGGUAAAUGUGAAUUUGACAAGUACCAGAUUUCGUUGGGUCCUGGGCGUAAGCAUCAAGGCGUUACAAAGUUGCGUGACGAGCAGCCAAUGGUUAAAUUCAAAGAUUUAGAUCCAGGAAAGACGUACCAAGUUAUAGUAAAAAUAGUUUCUGGCAAAGUAACGUCAUGGCCAAUGCAGGCCGAAGUUACUUUAAAACCAUUGCCGGUAACGAAUUUGUACGCUGACGUCGAUCUAAACAGCAAUACUGUUAUUAUUUCUUGGACUCCAAAUGUAAACAGUAACCAAUCAGCUUAUUUAGUUUCGUACCACGAAGUCGAGAGUUCCACUGGGGAUUCUAAUACAAUUACUACGAACGAAACGAAGAUUUCUUUGGACGCGCUACUUCCAGGCCGCAAUUAUUCCAUAGCGGUGCAGGCGAUUUCCAAGAAAACGGAAUCCAACGAGAGUUUCUUGUAUGUCGUUACCAGGCCAAGUGCGCCGAUUAUCGAGGACUUGAGACCUUUAGUGGAUGGUUUAAACAUUAGCUGGAAAUCGGACGUGAAUUCGAGGCAAGAUAAGUACGAAGUGGAGUGCGUAAGAAAUGAUACGAACGAUUUUAUUUUGCGGACAACUUAUGAGUCACGAAUAGUGUUGACACAUCUUUAUCCUGGAGCUGGGUACAUGGUGAAAGUGUUCGCAAUAUCCCAUGGCCGAAAAAGUGAACCGCACGAGUAUUUCCAACCAGUUUUCCCGAGACCACCAACAAAUAUGACCAUUGAGAAAACGACAACAAACUCGGUUAUUGUGCAGUGGCAUUCACCGCUCGAUUCCUUAGUUACUGAAUAUGCUAUCAGAUAUAGGACAGAUAGUGAUAGGACUUGGGUUCGAUUGCCGGCUGUACAAAAUUUGGAAGCGGAGGUAACGGAUAUGACGCCCGGCGAAAGGUACACUAUUCAAGUUAACACUGUAAGUUACGGAUUAGAAAGUAAUGAGCCGCAACAACUGAACCACACCGUUCGUCCUAAUCCCGUUUCGAAUAUUGCUCCAUUGGUUGACUCCAAUAAUGUAACUUUGGAAUGGCCACGACCGGAAGGUCGUGUCGAGAUUUAUAUUGUUCGUUGGUGGGAGGCAGUCACCAAUCCGGUACAAAUUAACAAGAGAAACGUUUCCCAGAAUAACAAUAAUACGACAGGCCCAGUGAGGCUUCUCGUCGGCGAUUUAAUGCCUGGAGUCGAAUAUGACUUCGACAUUCAAGCCAUAAGUAAUGACUUGGAGAGUGACAUUACUCCGCUUAAGAUUAGAACCAUGCCUUUAAUUCAAUCCGAAGUAGUGGUUGUCAACAAUCAAAUAUCCACGGAUUCUAUUAGCUUGAGGUACACCCCAACACCUCAGACCUCCUCAAAAUUCGAUUUGUACAGAUUCUCGCUAUCUGAGACAAACAUUCCUGAUCAAGAAAAAGAUGCUAACGAUACAGACACCCUCGUUAAAUUCACUGGAUUAAUCCCUGGUAGGCUGUACAAUAUCACUGUUUGGACCGUUUCCCAAAAUGUUGCCAGUCAACCUUUACAAAGGCAAGAUAGACUAUAUCCCGAGCCUAUAACAGGCAUAAAUUCAACUCACUCUUCAGAAACAGAAGUUACACUUUCGUGGGCUUUACCCAGGGGCGAGUAUAAUGCUUUCGAGGUUCAAUAUCUGACAUCGGAAAAUGUUUUGAUACAAAAUUUGACGUUGUACAAUUCAAUAACUAUCACUGAUUUGAAGCCGCAUAGAAAUUAUACAUUCACAGUGAUUGUGAGAAGUGGUACAGAAUCAAGCAUAUUGAGACGAUCGUUGCCGUUUUCAUCGACUUUUAUGACACAAGAAUCGGUACCUGGUAAAGUGGACAAAUUUUAUCCAAUCGACAUACAGCCUAGUGAAAUCACUUUCAACUGGUCAUUGCCAACUUCCGAACACAACGGAGUCAUACAAAGAUUCACAAUUACCUACGGAUUGGACGGUUCAUCGCAUACAAUCAUAAGAGAAUUCGGUGCCGACAAAUUCUCAGGAAUCAUCAGGCAGUUGGAACCCGGACGAAAAUACGUCUUCAAAAUACAAGCGGAAACUAAAGUUGGUUACGGUCCGGAAGCUAUACUGUUCCAGAAAAUGCCAAUAUUGGCUCCACCAAGACCCGGACCUCAGGUUGUUCCAACUGAGGUGUGCAAAAGCUCGACAACAAUUCAAAUCAGGUUCCGGAAGAACUACUUUAGCGAACAAAAUGGCGCCGUUAUUUCGUAUACCAUAAUCGUCGCCGAGGACGACUCGAAAAAUUCAUCCGGUCUCGAAAUGCCUUCAUGGCGCGAUGUGCAAGCGUACUCCGUGUGGCCACCUUUCCAAAUCAUGGAACCCUAUUAUCCAUUCCAAAAUAGUUCCGUGGAAGACUUCACUAUUGGUGCAGACUCGUGUGACGUACGUCAUACUGGUUACUGUAAUGGACCAUUGAAGUCCGGCUCCACAUACAAAGUCAAAGUGAGAGCUUUCACCGCACCAGACAAAUUCACCGACACUAGCUACAGUUUCCCACUGCAAACAGACCAAAAUAAUACACCUAUUAUACUUGGCAUAGUAAUUCCUUUGGUGCUUAUAUUGCCGAUCGUAAUAGUGGUACUCGUCAGGAGGAAACGUGCGCAAGGAAGGAAUGCUACUGAAUCCAGAACGGACAACAUGUCUUUACCGGAUUCCGUAAUUGAAACGAGCAGACCUAUCCACAUAGAAAAUUUCGCUAAUCAUUAUAGGAUUAUGUCAGCUGACUCUGACUUUAGAUUUAGCGAAGAAUUUGAAGAGUUAAAACACGUGGGAAGUGACCAACCGUGUAGUUUUGCUGAUUUACCAUGUAAUAGACCGAAAAAUAGGUUUACUAAUAUCCUACCAUACGACCACUCGAGAUACAAAUUACAGCCUGUUGACGACGAGGAAGGAUCUGAUUAUAUUAAUGCAAACUACGUUCCCGGUCACAGCUCACCUAGAGAAUUUAUAGUUACUCAAGGUCCCUUGCACUCGACGCGAGAUGAUUUUUGGAGAAUGUGUUGGGAAAGUAAUUCAAGGGCCAUCAUCAUGUUGACCAGAUGCGUUGAAAAAGGUCGGGAGAAGUGCGAUCACUACUGGCCGUACGAUACCGUACCCGUCUAUUAUGGCGACAUUUCUGUUCAAAUCCUAAACGAGAGUCGAUAUCCCGAUUGGAAUAUUUCCGAAUUUAUGGUUUGCAGAGGUGACAUUCAACGCGUUAUUCGUCACUUCCACUUCACGUCUUGGCCAGACUUUGGAGUUCCAAACCCACCCCACACUCUAGUCCGUUUUGUGAGAGCCUUUAGAGAAAAGGUUGGCUCCGACCAAAGACCAAUCGUAGUCCAUUGCAGUGCUGGUGUUGGAAGGUCCGGUACAUUUAUUUGUUUGGAUCGUAUACUCCAACAAAUAAGGAACUACGAUUAUGUAGACAUAUUUGGUAUAGUGUACGCUAUGCGAAAAGAACGCGUGUGGAUGGUGCAAACUGAGCAGCAGUACAUUUGCAUCUACCAAUGUUUAUUAGUCGUUCUGGAAGGUAAAGAAGUCACCGGACCUCCCAGAGAAAUACACGAAAACCAAGGAUUCGAAGAUGAUGAGGGUAUCGCUGAAUCCGGAAUGUGAAUAAAUUUAAGCGUUACGUAAGUGGCAACAAUACGUUGCGUAAGUAAUCAAAAAAAAUCUGGCGAAAUGCCGGAACGAAAUUGUUACAUAAAUUUUUAAAAUAUUACAAAAA